CUUCCGUGCGAAAAUUUAAACGGACUCAGCCAACUCAACGCCUCAACGCCUCAACGCUCAUGCAGCUCAUGCUUCUUCUGUGAUCGCAGUGCGCGCACUGCGCUUGUGCCCGUUAGUACCGAGUACUGUUUGUACAAGGCUGGUACUAUCAGUCAUUGCUAGUCUUCUGUAGUUACAGAGCCCCCGUUUAGCCGUUCAUCACCUUGUGUUCACUUACGGAGCUACUUUCAACAGCCUGUGUUCCUUGCUCGGAUAUGGGUGACAAAGAAAAUCAGCCUCAAAACUCGACUGCUGCUGACGGUAGCUCGCAAGCAAAGACCGAUGAUGCCUCAAAGAAGAAAAGGGCGAGCGCGGAGUGGCGCCUGCAGGAUUUCGAAAUAGGAAGGCCGCUGGGCAAAGGAAAGUUCGGAAAUGUGUACCUAGCACGGGAGAAGAAGAGCAAGUUUGUUAUUGCCCUCAAGGUCAUGUUCAAGUCCCAGCUGCAGAGUAACAAUGUUGAACACCAGCUACAAAGGGAAAUUGAAAUCCAAUCACACCUCAGGCACCCACAUAUCCUGAGGCUAUAUGGGUAUUUCCAUGAUGACACUAGAGUAUAUCUUAUCCUUGAGUAUGCUCCCAAAGGAGAAUUGUACAAAGAACUCACCAAGGCCAAGAUGUUUGAUGACAAGAAGUCUGCAAGUUACAUCUAUCAAGUCUGUGAUGCCCUGAAGUACUGCCACAGCAAAAAGGUCAUACAUCGAGACAUAAAACCAGAAAACAUCCUUAUUGGCGCCAACGGUAUGCUCAAGAUUGCAGACUUUGGUUGGUCUGUACAUGCCCCAUCAUCAAGGCGCGCCACCAUGUGUGGCACCAUGGACUAUCUUCCGCCAGAGAUGAUCGAAAACAGUGUCUACGAUGAAAAAGUGGACCUCUGGGCCGUUGGUAUCCUGAUCUACGAGUUCCUUGUAGGUAGGCCCCCAUUUGAGGCAAACACUACUGCAGCGACGUACGACCGAAUUCGCCGUGUGGACCUUCGGUUUCCAGCUCACGUCUCGGAUGAUGCCAAGGAUCUUAUUUCCAGGCUACUGAAAAAGGAUCCUAAGCAGAGGCCAACCAUUGAAGAAGUUAUGGCGCAUCCUUGGGUCACAAGCAAUCUGGAACCUAGCUUGUAAUUGUAUAUUAAUAGACUUGUAUAAGAGUUUAAAUUGGAG